CCAUGUGUUUACCAUUCUCGCUGUUCCUGUCAAAUACAGUAGUAGUACACAUAUGUUCUAGGAAUCACAGCUCUUCCUUCUGAUAGUUUCAUCUUUGGGCAUUUUCUAUAUAUAUAUAUAUACACACACACACUCGAAUCUUGAAUAGCCCCCUCUUCAUGUAGCUGUGUUUUUCAAAUACUCAUGCAUUUGAGGUAUUCAAGUUAAAAUAGAAUGGAAAGGUAUGAAAUUCUGAAAGAAAUUGGUUCUGGUAAUUUUGGUGUUGCUAAGCUAGUGAAAGAUAAGUGGACAGGUGAACUUUAUGCUGUCAAGUUUAUUGAGAGAUGCAAAAAGAUUGAUGAGCAUGUCCAGAGAGAAAUCGUGAAUCAUAGGUCCUUGAGACAUCCCAAUAUCAUUAAAUUCAAGGAGGUAUUUCUUACCCCAACUCAUUUAGCCAUAGUAAUGGAAUAUGCUGCAGGAGGAGAGCUUUUUGAAAGAAUUUGUAAUGCUGGUAGAUUCAGUGAAGAUGAGGCAAGAUUUUUCUUUCAACAGCUUAUAUCAGGAGUCAGUUACUGUCACUCAAUGCAAAUAUGUCAUAGAGAUCUCAAACUUGAAAAUACGCUCUUAGAUGGGAGCUCAACACCGCGUCUUAAAAUAUGUGAUUUUGGCUACUCUAAGUCAUCAGUCUUGCAUUCUCAACCCAAAUCUACAGUAGGAACUCCAGCUUAUAUCGCACCAGAAGUCUUAUCAAGAAAAGAAUAUGAUGGGAAGACAGCAGAUGUUUGGUCUUGUGGGGUUACAUUAUAUGUGAUGCUGGUUGGUGCUUAUCCCUUUGAAGAUCCUGAUGAUCCAAGAAAUUUCAGGAAAACCUUAACUCAGAGGAUAUUGAGUGUUCAAUAUUCAAUCCCUUCUUACGUUCGAGUUUCAAAGGAGUGUAAGCAUCUUUUAUCUCAAAUAUUUGUAGCUGACCCUGAGAAGAGAAUAACUAUGGAAGAGAUUAAAAAGCAUCCUUGGUUUGUAAAGAACUUGCCUAUAGAAUUUAUGGAAGGAGAGGAAGCUAGUUUACAAACAAAUGAAGAAAAUGAACCAUCUCAAAGUAUUGAAGAAGUGUUGGCUAUAAUUCAAGAGGCAAGAAAACCAGGAGAGGGGCUCAAAGAUGGUAAUUUAUUUGUUAAGGGAAGUAGUAGCAUUGAUCUUGAUGACUUAGAUAUUGAUGCUGAUAUAGAUGAUGAGAUAGAUACAAGUGGAGAUUUUGUCUGUGCAUUAUGAGUGCGAUUUGCUUAAAGCAUGAGCUUUGUGCAUCGAACUACCUCUGUCUUGCUAAGGAAAAUGCUGGUUGGCUGUAAGUAUUUACUAUCAUAUAUGACCUUUGUGUUCCAUAUAACUCUUUUUGUAAUUGUAAAUAAAUUCUACAAGUUGUUGUUAAUUAUGUUAUGAAACAUAAGUACUUUGUUAUUUUGA